AUGCCCUCGGCCGACACCACCGCGGGGCAACCGCUGCGCAUCCUCAUCGCCAACCGCUCCGAAAUCGCCCUACGCCUGCAGCGCACCUACUCGCUCCUCGACGCACCACGCAUCCACACCGUCGCCAUCCACACGCAGCAGGAGCGCAACGCGCUCCACGUCGCAAACGCCAACAUCGCCGUACAGCUGCCCGCCAACGGCCCGCGCGCCUACCUCGACGCGCACGCCAUCGUCGACAUCGCAAAACGCCACAACUGCUUCGCCGUGGCGCCCGGAUACGGUUUCCUCUCCGAAGACCCGCAAUUUGCCCGCCUGCUCGAGGACGCCGGCAUCGUCUUUCUCGGCCCCACCUCGGACCAGCUGCGCCAGCUCGGCGAUAAGGUGCAGGCGCGCGCGCUCGCCGAUAGCCUGCGCGUACCCGUCCUCGAGGCCAGCAAGGGCGGCGGCUCGGCACACGGCGGCGCUUCGUCGCUCGACGAGAUCCAGCACUUUGCACGCUCCCUCGGCGCCGGCUCCAAGGUCAUCCUCAAGGCCGCAGCAGGCGGAGGUGGACGCGGCAUCCGCAUCGUCGACGUUACCCAAGACGAUGCGGGCACGCGCGCCGAUGUCGAGUCAAACUACCGCGCGUGCCAGCGAGAGGCGCAGCUAUCCUUCGGCGACGACCGCAUCUACGCCGAGCGCUUCCUCGCGUCGGCCAAGCACAUCGAGGUCCAGGUCGUCGGAGACGGUGCCGGCGGCGCCAUGCACCUGUGGGAGCGCGAGUGCAGCCUGCAGCGACGCAACCAGAAGCUCGUCGAGAUCGCGCCCAGCCCCUCGAUCUCGGACGCGCUGCGCCACGACCUCAUCCGAUCGGCCCUCGACAUGGCCCGCGCCAUCCGGUACCGCAGCCUGGCCACGUUCGAGUUCCUCGUCGCGCCCGACGGCCGCUUCUUUUUCAUGGAGGCCAACCCGCGCAUCCAGGUCGAGCACACCAUCACCGAGCAGAUCACGGGCGUCGACCUCGUCGCGCUCCAGCUCCAGGUCGGCCUCGGAAAGACGGUCGAGCAGCUCGGCCUACCACCCUCGCCGCCGCGGCCGCGCACCACGUCGAUCCAGCUGCGCAUCAAUGCCGAAUCCCUCCAGCCGGACGGCACCGCCCAACCAGAGGCGGGACAGCUGACGGCGUUCCAGGUCCCCACGGGCCCAAACGUGCGCAUCGACACGGCCGCCCACGCCCCCUCGCCGCAGCUCAGCACGUACAGCGUCAGCCCGCUCUUUGACAGCCUCCUCGCCAAGGUCAUCGUCACGGCGCCCGACUACCCCUCGGCCCUGCGCCUGGCACAGAGGGCGCUGCACGAGACCGACAUCCGGGGCUGCAAGACGAACCGCAACUUCCUCCGCGCGCUCCUCGAGCAUCCCGCCGUCCAGACGUCGACGGCCACCACGGCCACGGUUCAGCACGAGAUCGACGCCCUGUACCGCGCCACCCUGCGCUUCCAGGACCACGACGACCAGGCCGCCGCACGCACCGGCAGCGGCGGCGACGGCUCCGCUGAUGCCGCUGCAUCGAGCGGGAGCGGUAGCGCCGGGGCGGCACCCGAGGAGGCGCCAGAGGGAACAGAGGCCGUGACGGCGCACAUCACUGGCGUCGUGCUCGAGCUCAAGGUGGCCGCAGGCGACGCGGUGCAGGCCGGCGCCGAGCUGGCCGUCGUCGAGGCCAUGAAGAUGGAGCACGUCAUCCGCGCGCCGCGCCCGGGCCGGGUGCACAGCACGCUCGUCGCGACCGGAGGCGCCGUCUCUGCGGGCCGGGCGCUCAUCUUUCUCGAGCCGGAUUCCUCCUCCCAUGGAUCCUCGUCGUCGUCGUCCGCCGAGGCCGACGCAGCGGCUCUGGCGGCAGCGGCUGCGGCGGGUACGGCCGAGCUGACCGAGGAGCAGGUCAGGGAGCUGCGUCCGGAGCUGCAGGACCUCGAGCGGCAGCGCAGCUACAAUACGGACGCGUUCCGCGCCGAGGCGGUGCGCAAGCGGCACGCGCGGGGCUACCUGACGCCGCGCGAGGUGCUGGCGCGCCUAUUCGACGCCGGAUCGCUGCAAGAGUACGGCGAGCUGGUGAUUGCGGCGCAGACGCGGCGGCUACCCCUGCAGCAGCUCAUGGAACGCACCCAGGGCGACGGCAUCAUUACGGGAUGGGCGGCGUACCGCUCGCACCCGGUCGCGCUGGCGGCGGCCGACUACCUCGUCCUCGCCGGGACACAGGGCUACUUCCACCACCUCAAGCUCGACCGCCUGUUUCAGAGCGUCCUCGACCUGCCCCACCCGCUCGUCUUUUUCGCAGAGGGCGGCGGCGGCAGGCCCGGCGAUACCGAUGUGCCCGUCGUCGCCGGCCUCAAUACGCCGUCAUUUGCCCUCCUCGGCCAGAUACGCGCGCGCGGCAUCCCCUCGAUCGGCGUCGCAAAUGGCUACGUCUUUGCCGGCAACGCGGCGCUGCUCGGCGUGUGCGACAUUGUCGUCGCGACGCGCGGCGGCGACCCCGAGGUCGCUGCAGCCGCUGCGGCCGAUGGUGAUGGCUCGAGCUCGAGCAAGCCGAAGACGACGGCGACGACGACGACGGCCAUCCAGCUGGGGCAGACGAGCAUCGGCAUGGGCGGGUCUGCCAUGAUCGAAGGUGGCGGUCUGGGCGUGUACGCGUCCGAGGAGAUUGGGCCGCCAUCGAUGCACCACUCCAACGGCGGCAUCGACAUCCUCGUCGACACGGAGCGCGACGCCGUGCACGUCGUGCGCCAGCUGCUCGGCUUCCUCGUAUCGCCCACGCUGCCGCGCGACGAGUGGGCCUACACGUCCGACGUGCGGCGGCUUCGCUUCGCCGUUCCGCCGCUGUCGCAGCGCAAACGGAGCUACGACAUCUACCCGCUCCUCGAUACGCUUUUGGACGAUGGUAGCUUCAUCGAGCUGGGGAGCGGGUGGGGUACCUCGCUCAUCACGGGUCUGGGCAGGUUGGAGGGUAGGGUGGUGGGCGUGCUGGCUUCGCGCUCCAAUACGCAGCUCUCGGGCGCCAUCGACGACCGCUCGGCGCUCAAGGCGACGCGUUUCCUCGGCCUCGUCUCGCGCCUCGCCCUCGCACACGUCAUCAGCCUGGUCGAUACGCCCGGGUUCAUGGUGGGACCGGCGUUUGAGCGGAGCAGCACCGCGGGCGGAUCCUUCCGCAUCUUUGGCGAUCUCUUUUCGGCCUUCUCCGACUUCGCCCGCGGUGGCGGCCAAGUCGUUUCCGUGGCCAUCCGAAACGCGUAUGGGCUGGGCGCGCAGGCCCUCAUGGGCGGAAGCACGCUGUGCAACAUGGGCAGCGUCGCCUGGCCCACUGCCUCGUUUGGCGCCAUGGGUCUAGAGGGCGCCGUUCGCCUCGGACGCAAAAAGGAGCUAGAGGCCAUCCCAGACGGCCACGAGAGGUCGAGACGCGAAAAGGCGUGGAUCGACCAACUCUACCAGCGCGGCAGAGGCGAGGGCAUGGCUAGGGCCGCAGAGAUCGAUGCCGUCAUCGAUCCGGCAGACACGCGCCGCUGGAUCGCCGCCUGCCUCGAUCGCGCCGGGACGAGGACGCCAACGUACGUGUCGCUGCUCGACGCGGCGCGUGGCGGCGGUGGCGCGGGAGCCAAGAGUCGCAUCUAG